GCGCGGCCCGUCGGGACGCGCCCGCCGUCAAGCCACGAGGGCCAGCCGUCAGGUCGCGGAGCCCGCCGUGCCACGCGCGCCAAGGGGCGGGCCGAAACCAGCGGGGGGUUUCGGGCACCCAACUCGCCUCCCUCCCACGGAGGGAGGAGGGGGGUUUAAUGUGAACAUUACUGUGCAAUCACAUAUUUAGAGUUUUUACUCAAUUCAAGUUUAAAAGUUAAAGUUUAAUAUUUGUUUUCACUGCAUGUUACUUCUCCUUAAACAAAGUGUUGUUUUUGAUUUAUAGAUUUUUGCACUUUAUUUUAUUGUAUUUCAAUUUAAUUAUAUUUUAAAAAUAUUUCAGUUGAGUGGAUGAUAGAAAAUUGCUAUUAUUGUUUUUUUCUUUGAAGUAAAUUUAGCCCACUUUUGCUAAAAUAGAAAAUAUAGGCUACUGAUGGUGCCUUGAAUACCGGUUUCUUUCAUUUAAUGUUCAUGUUAUGGGGAUUUUUAUAUAAAGGAAAUUUGUCUUUUGUGUCUGUUGAAAAUUAAAGAUUACUGACAGAGCCAUAAGAAAAUAUUGCUUUAUUUAUCUGAUCAUAUUGGAAUAUAUUUGUUAGGUUUUCAGUAGGUUCAAUUAGGUUCACUAGACUAUAUGCGUCAUUUAAAAAUUUUUCAAUGAACAUUCGAACAGUCCGGCCCUCGGCUUGUAGCUAAAUUUUUUAUUUGGCCCUCCGUCCAUUUGACUUUGACACCCCUGCCCUAGAGGGUGGGGGGGGGGGGGGGUUACCCACAUAUGCGGUCCUCUCCAAGGUUUCUCACAGUCAUUCACAUUGACGUCCCACUGGGGUGAGUUUUCCUUGCCCGUAUGUGGGCUCUGUACCGAGGAUGUCGUUGUGGCUUGUACAGCCCUUUGAGACACUUGUGAUUUAGGGCUAUAUAAAUAAACAUUGAUUGAUUGAUUGAUUGAUCUUGAUCCUGCUCCGUAGAAAUGAUGAAGAUGGGUCAGUACCUGUUCCUGCCUACUUGUAGUGGGCGGAGCCUAGCGGCCAAUUUUUUUUUGUCAUUUCUGCACUUUAAACAGAUUGUUGAUGAUAAAAUGCAAAAACAUGUUUUGCAAGUGACCGGAUGUGGGCCAGGCGCCAAACUUUGAUCUGAUGUUUCGCCACAAAACACAAAAUAUUAACUUGGUUCCACAAGUAUUUACGGCUAAUUCCUGUUUUUUCUUCAAUAAAACAAUUUACAAUCUGGUUGUGCAGGAGCCACCUUCUUCUGUUGACUUGCAUGUUAUUCCGCCAGGUGUCCACGGGGGGGCAGUAUAACGCUGCUUGCAGGAGCACAGGUGCAGGGAAUUAGCAAUCAGGUGUGAGGUUGGAGAUCAUGUUGUUCCUUCUGUGUUCCAGCACAACUUCUUUUAUUUCUCUUAGUCGUGGCUUGUUUUGGAGCGUUUCCAGUUAUUAAGAAGGUAAAUUCACCCACAGUCAAAACCUCCAUUUUCUGGAAAAAGCCAGAAGGCUAAAUCUUUUGGGGAAAGGAAACAAACUGGAUUUAUUGAGAAAAGACGACGAGUGAACAUUUGGUGGAAAAGAGAUCAUUCCUGACGUUAAGGACACCUUUUUGGGCAACUCCUGCAUUAACUUCACGUCCACCUUCCAUCACGUCUUCUCAGAGAAACAAUGGAGAAAAUCACAGAGAAACUUCUCCUGGAGAAAGGCUCUCCGAAAAGCAAGAAACUUGAAGACAUCAAAACAUUAAAUCUUUCCAAUCUGGGGCUAAAAUGUGCAGACUUACCGGUCAAGCUGCUGUCCCGCCUUUGGUCCCUGGAGAGCUGGGAUCUGUCUGGAAACAGACUGCAGGAGAUGCCCAAAAACCUGGAGCUUCCCAAGCUACGCCGCCUGGACCUGAGCGACAACCAGAUGGAAGACGUCACCCCUCUCGAGUGCCUGUGCAGCCUGGAGGAGCUCAAGAUGGAGGAUAACCUUUAUGUUACCGUGAGUGACAAUUACAAGCUCAUGACGCUGCUGCCCAAUUUGAGGAGCUACAACGGCAAAGACAUCACCACCACCGCCAACCACGUGCGCUUUGUGUUCACAGAGAACCUGAAGACCAGGAUGGUUGCAGUUUGGGAGAAGAGCUUCAGCCUCCCGGAUCCUUUCACAGAGCAGAAACUGUCAGUCCUGGAGAAAGACUUUGUCAACGCGGCAUGCCGAGAGGUGAAAUACGGACCCAGUUCGGUCAGCGACUUCACAAAAUGGAAGGUUGCAACCAUGGCCAGGGAGUACCUUCACUCCCUGAUGGCACCAAAGAAAGAAACGCCCAAGAAGACUUGUGGGGUGUCCACCCCCGUCAAAAGGAAGCACCAAACCCCCGCGUUGACAGACUCCCAAACCAGCCUGACGCCUUUAAAAAAGCCGCGAUCCGAUCCUUCGGCGCCCCCAGCUGAGGACAGCCUUCGCAAGUCCAGCCUGCGCCUUAGGAAUCAGGCGCUCACCGGCGGUGUUCCCUUGAGCCCUGCCAUGAGGAGGUCGCGUCCCUCCACCCCUACCCGGGCGUCGGCGGAGAAGGCGGCUGCAAGAAAGCCUUGCAACGUGCGGACGAUGAAGAUAGUGGCGGCUGGUGGAGCUCGGGGUCAACGUGGGGAGAACACAAGUGAUGAUGCGAUAAAGAAAAGCUGUGGCAGGACACAGCCAGUGCACCUGCAGCCUCUUCACGUGCUGCAGUGUCACAGCAAGCAGGACAACUCCGAGGACUUCUCCACUCAGCUUUGGGCCUGCGCCUUCCAGCCUCAGCAAGACUCUUCGGCAGGAAGCCGCUUGGUCGCCACCUGCGGGGGAGACUCCGUGUGUGUGAUAGACUGCGAGGCAGGCAUGGUCAUGAAGAAGUAUAAGGUCCCUGGAGAGGAGUUCUUCACCCUGGCCUGGUCCACGGUGCUGAUGUCCAGAGGGGGCGGGGCCACAGCACAGACUUGCAGCAUACUGGCGGCGGGGGGAAAGCGAGGCCUGGUCAAGCUGAUCCACCCCAAAUACAACGUGGCCUACGGAGAGUUCCGGGCCAGCCGCAAGGCGCUGUCGGUGCUGCGCUUCAACCAUCGGCGGGGCAACUUCCUUUUCACGGGCUCGUAUGACAACAAGAUAAUCCUGUGGGACAUCGGCGGUGUGGACAGCAGCUACAACUUCAAAGUCGUGCAGCUGCUGGCGUUGGAGAGCAGCGCCACCCCGCUACACAUCUGCCUGCCGCCCGCCGGGGCCGACGCCCACCUGCUGGCGGCGUGCGAGGACGGCCUGCACUGCUACAACACACAACUGUCCCCCAGCAGCGCCACCAAGAGGUCCAGAGAGGUGGAGAUCACCUUCCCCGUGUACGAGGAGGAGGACAAGGACCACGACUACCACACCGUGGACGGCCUCAGCUUUCUCACGGACGACAUCGUGGCCUCCAAGAACUUCACGCACGGCCGCAUCUACCUGUGGAGCUGGAACAGGACGCGCUCGCAGCGGCCCGGCAAGAGCGGACGCCUGCGAGCCGCCGUCCUGGCCGAGCUGCGCUGGGUCAACACGGAUAUUCCCUACUUGGCGGUCAACACCUGUCCUGGCCGAGCGUACGUCGUAUGCGGAGACAACGAGGGCAGGCUGUGGACGUACCACGUCACCCACAUCCAAAAAGACCGCUUCCAGACGGGGACGGCCAUCGAGCCCACAGAGGUGCUCCAGUGGCCCGCCCCUGUUUGCAAGGGUCUUGGCAAAGUGGAGGGCCCCUCCAUCAACAGCGUGGCCAUGGACCCCGACUUACAGUACCUGGUGGCCCUCAGCGACAAGAACAUGGUGGUGGUGUGGAAAAGGAUAGCGUCAUCCUGAAGUUGGAACGCUUGAAGAGCCUUUUCUUUUUAUUUUAAAAAGUAGUAAAUGUUGGUGUUGAAGGAGUCCGUGAUAUGUUACACCUAAAAAAUUAAUACUACUUUAUUGCCUCAGCCUUUAAAAAAUACUUUUUAUUGUUUUCUUGUAAUUUGACUACAAGAUAUACUGAUUUAUGUCAUGUGUCCCCUAAAAUA